AUGAGUCCCUCAAAACAUCGCCUGCCGACCCCAGAUUCAACGGCAGUGAAUUUUUUCACUUCCAAACUUCAUGUCGAACAACGAAGCAUACCCAGACUAGAUCCACUCCGAUUCAAGCAUCGGGUCAAUCGAAUUGAAAGCAAGUAUUUGGGAAGUGUGCAUGUGUUUGUCUGUGCCAGUCAACUCACCCUAGAUCCGACCAUGGGCUAA